AAAAUGUGAAGAACUAUUCAUUUAAUUUCAUGUAAUUUUUUUGUCACAGCCACAGGGAGCCACUGCAGACGGCCUGAAGAGCCACAUGUGGCUCCGGAGUCGCAGGUUGCCUACCCCUGAUAAAGAAUAUACAGCUGAAAGGUAAAUGUCAUGGCCUCGACUUAAAGGAAUGUAUCUCUAUAUCGGAGAUGUUAGACAUCACCCAUUUGCUUCCUGGAUACUCCGCUUGACUUUCCUUUCAGUGUUUGCUGUAUCCAUAGCAACAGAGCUCUCCUAUUUCCCCUCCACUGCCUUUGCCAUAAUGGGGCCAGGUGAAUGCACCUACGUGCUAUCUGUUUGACUAGCUGACCAUGUUGUAACAGGACUUCAGAUUUCCCUGGUUAGCUACAUUUGACACCAGGUGAAGCAUGAACCAAACGUGGACGGCGCAGGAUAAAUGGGCUCAGCCCGGCUGGAGGAUAGAGCCCAAGUAUUCAAACAAAGUGCUGUUAGGCAACUGGGCGGAAGAAAGACUUCAGUUCACUCGGGAGCCACAGGCUGCAGCCAACAGCACCAGCCGUGUAGACCACCGGCCCCACUGGGACUUCAGGCCAGACGUCUGUGAGAGAAGAUCUGCCCUGCUGAGAGCUGAGGGGCUUCCAUCCAAGCUGCUAUUUGCCCACCAUGGCCCACCACCCUCUCAUUACUUGGUCACGCACUAUGAGGAGAGCUACGGGCACAAGCAAACCAAUGCUGUGCCCACUCUGCGAACCUGGCAUCCAGACAGCUUGACAUGGCAGCUUGAGAGGUCUGAACGGCCAAUUUCUGGCCGUCCAACCAACUCUGGCCCGCCGCAGUCCACAAAGCACCGUUUGGAAAAGCAGCAGUCACACCUCCCGUCUCUGACUGUGUACAGGUCAGCAUACCAGUGGCACCCACUUAGCGCCUUAUGCCAGAGCCGCUUUGCCAGGGCUCCACGCACGCUCUCCAGCCACCUCCAUGCGGCCAAUCACAACAACAAGGACCUGGAUCUGAGGCGGCGCUCGCUCCUACAAAUCCCUGAUCAUUGUUGA